AUGGGGAGAGACAAUGAGACGAUCACCACAGACUUCAUCCUCCUGGGACUCUGGCCUGAAUCCCGCCACCUCGUCAUCCUCAUCUGCCUCAUCCUUCUCGUUUACUUUCUGGCUGUCAUGGGCAAUGCUGUCCUCAUUCUCCUCAUCUGGCUGGAUUCCCGACUCCACACCCCCAUGUAUUUCCUGCUCAGCCAGCUGUCCUUCAUCGACUUCACUUUGAUCUCAACUACUGUCCCCAAGAUGGCCACAAACUUCUUCUCAGGGAGGAGAACCAUAUCACAGGUUGGCUGUGGAGCCCAGAUCUUUAUUAGUCUAACCCUAGGAAUUGCUGAGUGCCUCCUGCUGACCUUCAUGGCCUAUGACCGCUACAUCGCCAUCUGUAACCCCCUGAGGUACUCCGUCAUCAUGAACCCCGGCCUCUGCACACAGAUGGUCAUAGUGUCCUGGGCAGGAGGAGGAGUCACCUCCCUGGUUCAUACGGCCUAUGCCAUGCACUUCCCCAUCUGUCGCCCCAGAGUAAUCCCACACUUUCUCUGUGAGGUCGUGGCUCUGUUAAAGCUGACGUGUGAGGACAUUUCCUCGUACAUGAAGUCAGUGGUGGUGUCCAGCUUCCUGGUGGUUCUCAUUCCCCUGAGUCUCAUCCUGGCCUCCUACACCCUCAUCUUCCUUGCUGUCCUCCGCAUGAGCUCUCCUGAGGGCAGGAGCAAGGCUCUAGCCACAUGUUCUGCCCACCUUGGUGUGGUCACACUCUACUUCAGCCCCGCCAUAUUGGUUUACAUGAGGCCCGGCUCCUCAAAGACACCCAAAUUAAACCAGUCUCUCUUCAUGUUUAACGCCAUCCUUACCCCCAUGCUUAAUCCUCUCAUUUAUAGCCUCAGAAACAAGGACGUCAUAGCAGCUUUAAAGAAUAUAAUCUUCAGUAGAUGCCCCCUACAAAAGAUGAAACACCAUUGGGGAAGCUAUAGCUGA